AUGGCAAGAAUGCCUUUAGAGCCUCUAAUAGUGGGGAGAGUCAUAGGAGAAGUUCUUGAUUCUUUUACCACAAGCACAAAAAUGAUUGUGAGUUACAACAAGAAUCAAGUCUACAAUGGCCAUGAACUCUUCCCUUCCACUGUCAACACCAAGCCCAAGAUCAUGACUGACCUUGAUGUUCCCGGCCCUAGUGACCCUUAUUUGAAAGAGCACUUGCAUUGGGGAAUGCGAUUUAAUGGUGGUAAUUUGCUUGUUGGUGUUUCGAUUAUGCAAUGGUUUAGGAUGAAGCUUUGA